ACCCCACCAGAAAGCAAACAUCACCCCAGCCCCCCAGCCUGACGCUUGUUGUUAGCGGUGGAAUGCAUUUCUGUGUGGUACAUAAGGAGCGAGGCUCUGCUUAGCGUGAGCUGUCUCGUAGGCCGUGUUCACGCCGCUUCUAUUUUAAUGUCUGAUGCCUUAAAACGCGCGUCUUCCGGCUGCUGCCCUUCCCUGACAGCACCGUGCUCCUAGGACAAAAGGCGGUGUUAGCAAGUUCACUCGCUGCAGAAAUUGUGCUUGUUGCCUCUUGGUAUGAUGGACUCUACCGUUGUGUGUGUAAUUAGAAAUAUGUUCUGAAAACACAGCCAAUGCAAUUUUUUAAAAGGGAGCAUGGAGAUGUGGAGGGGGGAGCACUUGAGGGCAGGCUGGGGCCUCUGAGGUGGCCUGAGCCCGGCUGGCCUCGGGCCUGCAGGAGGGGGACUCGCACCUAGCAGCAGGCUGUGGUCGGGCUGCUGGCUGUGUCUGUGCCUGCGCGACACUCGCUGUCAGCGCUAGGGAACGUCGAUUCCUUCCCGUGCUCCCCUCCAAGCCUGCCAUCCCGCUGCCGGUAACUGUGCGUCCCAGAGGCGCGUGGCUGCAGAUAGUUAAUGGGAGAGAUCCAGUGGUAUCCGAGUGAAGAUUUAAAUUGUUUUAGCCAAACUUCUGAGUAGUCGCAAUAAUUAUUUUCUGAUAAGCUGGCUGAUAGUAACUAUGGCAACAGCUGUCUUUGGCCUGUGGACAGUAUCGCUGUAUUGACAAAACCCUCAGAUGCUUCUAAGGCCUUUUGCCUACGUGGGCAAUGCACUAGGACGUCCAUCAGGUGAUGGGGAUGCCACCUUCCCCUCCCUGCAGCACGGGGCCCUCUGCCUGUUUCCCUGGGUGCUGUGCUCCUGCUCUCUAGCUGAAAGCGGUGCACGGACCACUCUUCCACAAAGGCUGGCAAAACGUACUGAUCCUUAGAGAUGGAAUUACAUGGGCAUGUUCCUGUUUCUUUAAAAAUAAGAAAAACCCCGAGCUCGGGAGGAGAAGGAGGAAGAAAACAACAAGGAAGACUUGUUCAUUUUGAUCACUGGUUAUUUCCUUCCUCACUAAACCUUCUUAGAGCAGACUGGUAGGGGGAGCUGCCCUUCCCUUUGCUGAAGUACAGCGUAUUCUUCUCUGAGGCCUACGCUGAGAUGCAGCUAUUUAGCGUUCAGCUAAGCUCGGCUGCUUCUUGGAAGAGACGUGAGCUUCUGCUUCAGCACGGCUCAGAAAUGGAGGAAGAGAGCAAUCUCUUUCCAGCUGACUAAAUUCUGGACAGGGAGAAUGUGCCCCUUACCAAACAUACUUUUCCUAUUGAUAUUCAGAAGCGCGCUCUUUGAAAACAGGCUUUAGUGUUAAAAACAUAGCAGUCCUGGGGAAAAAAAAAAAAUAACAUCUCUACGUGCAGUGAGAUUAAAAAGCCGUACUCUGUUCUGCAUGCUUGAAAGUAGCUAAACUGCUGAUUUCUCAGUUGUUGGAUAGCUGAUGUGUAUUUAUACUGAAGUCUUUGUCUCCUUAACAGCUCCAGCCUGUGAGCAGUAGCUGCUGGCUCUGUUUACCUGCUGCCUCUCCAUCCCCGUGUGGUGCGUGCGUUCUGGCCUGCAGAGGCGUGCAAUAUGGCCUACAGCUGGGCUCUUCAGCACGAGCACUGCUUGUGCAAACUACAGGCCCCAGUCUGCCAUGCUCCAGUGUUGUCUGCAGGCUUGCCUGCGUAGUGCUGCACUGAUGCAUCCUGGGACUUGUAGUUUGCAUUUGCAGGAGCUUGAGACUUAGGGUGACAGGUGAAAUAUGCUAUAAAUCCUAGAAACUGAAUUGUCGCUGCCAUGAGCAAUCCCUAUCAGGAGAGCCGGCUGCUACUGCUGUGCAGCAGCACAUACAUUUAUCCAUGAGUCGGCUUCUAGUCAAGUGGUAUCUUCGGGGAAAAGCAAGUGAUGAAGUCAGUCCUCCAGCUGCACGUGUGUUCUUAUACAAAGAGUAUGUAAGUAAUUGCAUGAAUUGCUUGUCUCAUCUACGAUUGCAAGUGCAGUGUUUGAUCUUCUGGAAACGUUGCAUCUUUCAAGGUAAAGUUGUGGAUGGAAACAUAGCAGGAGGAGGCUCCCCUUGCUGGUGCUGCUGGUGCCUCGUUCCUCCAGAAGUGCUACCUGGUGCUUACGGUGGAUUCUGCCACAGGGAGAAGGCGUGUGAGCAGCUCUUUGCCUGCUGAGACCUGACUUCUCUGUGUGGCUGCUUCAGCUGGAACCAUGAGGGCACAGGGAAGCAUGCUGCUUCCCUACCGUGGCGGUUAGUGACAUCACUGUUGUCACCGCGGACACACGGAAUCCCCGGUUCCUGUGUUUGACAGGUGAGGCCAGAAGCACGCCGUGGCCAAUGCUUGUCUCACUGCACUUCGGCUCUGGUCCUUGUGCUUGGAUUCAUGUGGAGCUUGUAUCGAAGAAAGCAAAGUGUUUCUGGAAAAGAGGAGGGGGUAGAGAGCUGAAGGGAAUAACUUCUUCCAAACUGCGCUGGUGAGGAGAGGAAACCAGGAACUAAAGGCACUGGAAUCAGCAAAGACAUAUCUAGAGAAAGUGGAGAAGGUAGAGAAUGGAGCUGCAGACUCUACAGGAGGCUCUGAAAGUGGAAAUUCAGGUUCACCAGAAAUUGGUUGCCCAAAUGAAGCAAGAUCCGCAGAUAUUUUUUCUUUCUAAUCAGAAUGCUGAUUUGAAGAAACAGCUUCAUGAACUUCAAGCCAAAAUCACAGCUCUGAGUGAGAAACAGAAAAGAGUGGUGGAACAGCUUCGAAAGAACUUGAUAGUGAAGCAGGAACAGCCGGACAGUAAGUUUCAAAUACAGCCACUGGCACAGUCAGAAAACAAACUACAGACACCACAGCCACAACCACUACAACAACUACAGCAACACCACCAUCAACAGCAGCAGCAGUCUACUGCACCCUCUCCAAACGUGAUUGGAUCACAGAAAACUGUAACUACAGCUUCUAUGAUCACCACUAAGACACUACCUCUCGUCUUGAAAGCAGCAACUGCGACCAUGCCUGCCUCCGUUGUGGGUCAGAGACCUACUAUCGCCAUGGUUACUGCUAUCAACAACAACCAGAAAGCAGUCCUCAGCACUGAUGCACAGAAUGCACCUGUCAACCUCCAGACAACAAAUAAGGUCACUGGGCCAGGAGCUGAGACAGUCCAAAUAGUGGCAAAAAACACAGUCACUUUGCAGGUUCAGGCUACACCCCAGCCCAUAAAAGUGCCGCAGUUCAUCCCUCCUCCCAGACUCACUCCUCGUCCAAAUUUUCUUCCACAGGUUCGACCUAAACCAGUUGCCCAAAAUAACAUUCCUAUUGCCCCAGCACCUCCUCCAAUGCUUGCAGCUCCUCAGCUUAUUCAGAGGCCUGUGAUGCUGACAACAAAGUUCACACCCACCUCUUUACCCAACUCUCAGAACUCCAUACAUCCAGUUCGUGUAGUUAACGGGCAGACAGCAACCAUAGCCAAAACUUUCCCUAUGGCACAGCUCACCAGCAUCGUGAUAGCAGCACCAGGUACCAGGCUUGCUGGACCUCAGACUGUACAGAUCAGCAAACCAAACAUUGAAAAACAGACUAUUAAACCACAUGUAGAAGCAGAAGAGAAGCAAACAGAAAGUCGUACAGUUACUCCACCUGCUGCACCGAAGCCAAAACGAGAAGAAAAUCCACAGAAACUUGCCUUCAUGGUGUCUCUAGGACUAGUUACUCAUGACCAUCUGGAAGAAAUCCAAAGUAAGCGACAAGAGAGGAAAAGAAGAACAACAGCAAAUCCAGUGUACAGUGGAGCUGUUUUUGAGCCUGAGCGCAAGAAGAGUGCAGUCACGUACCUGAACAGCACAAUGCAUCCUGGAACGCGUAAAAGAGGUCGUCCACCUAAGUACAACACGGUGCUGGGGUUUGGGGCGUUGACGCCCACGUCCCCUCUGUCCAGUUAUCCUGACUCCCCUGAAAAUGAAAAGACAGAGACCACAUUUACUUUUCCCGCGGCUGUUCAGCCUGUGUCCCUGCCUAGCCCCAGCUCCACAGACGGCGAUAUCCAUGAGGAUUUUUGCAGUGUUUGCAGAAAAAGCGGGCAGUUGCUGAUGUGUGACACAUGUUCACGUGUUUAUCACCUGGACUGUCUGGACCCGCCUCUGAAAACCAUUCCCAAGGGCAUGUGGAUCUGUCCCAAAUGUCAAGACCAGAUGUUAAAGAAGGAAGAAGCAAUCCCAUGGCCAGGAACUUUAGCAAUUGUUCAUUCAUAUAUUGCGUAUAAAGCAGCAAAAGAAGAAGAAAAACAGAAACUACUUAAAUGGAGUUCAGAUUUAAAACAGGAAAGAGAACAACUAGAGCAGAAGGUCAAACAGCUCAGCAAUUCUAUAACGAAAUGCAUGGAAAUGAAGAAUACCAUCCUUGCAAAACAGAAGGAGAUGCACAGCUCCUUGGAGAAGGUAAAACAGCUGAUCCGCCUCAUCCAAGGCAUCGACCUUUCAAAACCCAUAAACUCUGAAGUCAAUUCAGUAGCCAUCUCCAAUGGCAUGGACUCCACUAACAAUACUAAUGCUGCCACCUCCACCUUAGCCCCCUCCCCUUCCCAGAGCUGCAUGGUGAACUGUAACAAGGGCGAUGAGACUAAAUAACACAGUGGAGUUCAGAAGGAGCCAAGGGAGGUGGCGGCGAGGAGGAGAAGCAAAAUAACAAAACUCUAGAAAAGCAAAACCGGAUUUCUUCUGGAAAGUGCAGAAUUCUUUAGUUCUUUGGUUCCAGAGAGAGCGUGAAGAUGCUUGUGCCAGGCGGCACCGGAGUUUGCCAAUUGAUCCUUCUUAUUCUGUGUGUACAUGCAAAGUUUGGAUCAUGUUACAUGAAUAGUGCCAGCUGGGGGUUCUUUGCCAGCACCAUGCCAAGUGAAAUAAUAUAUUUACUCUCUCUAUAUUUUACACCAGUGUGUGCCUGCAGCAGCCUCCACAGCCACUAUAGGUUUGUUUUAUUUUUGUUUGGGGUGAGGAGCAGGGAUAAGGGAGGAGAGCAGGUUUCAAAUCCUUAUUUGCAGAGCAGUUUGUUUAGCUAGGGGAAAACAAAAACAAGUCCAAAGAGCCUGUGGGCUUUUCCUGUUUCUAAACUCUCAGUACUAUUGAACCAAAAAAAAACCAGAAAUAUAAAUUAUCAAAUCCCAGUGCCCAGAAGGGACGAGUCUAUCAAAUAAGCAGUAUUUACUAUUGUUUAGACAGGAGAUGUACAAAAGGAAAGGAGAUGGACUUUUCACUGAGUAACCAGCACAUGUACAGGCUGAAGACCUACUGUCCCAACAGCUUUGGGUUAAAUUGUACUUCUUCACAUCAGAGAAACAGAAGCUUUGCAGCAUUAAUUCAAAUCUUCACACUCAUCCAGAAAGCCUAUGUUGGGAACGGGAGAAUAGAGGGCCAGAAUCCAGGGUCAGCUUGGAGCAUUGGAUGGAGGUGUCCCAAGACAAAAUGUGCAUCGAUUACUUGAAAAUGAGAUUCCAACCCUUUUCUAUAUUUAUAAACAACAAAACUAUCCUGAACAAAGUAGCACAUGACCCAGAUGUGUGAACUGAACAGAGAAAUGUCCUUUUCUUUCACUUCUUUUCUCUUCUUUUGGUAACAAGAACUAAAUAAGGAAUAGAAAAGCUGUUUUUCAGGCUGACAGUCUAAUUAAAGAGGUAGAUGGGACCUUGCAUGGUAUAGAUUAGAAGUAAUAGUGUCAGUGAGAUACAGUGAGUCUUUGUGAGUCCUUGUGUCAUCGUUUUGGGCACUGUUUUUUUAUGCAAGGGCAAAAUCUUUGUAUCUGGGGGAAAAAAAAAACAACUUUUUUAAAUUAAAAAGGAAAAUAAAAGAUAUUGAGGUCUUCCUAGUGUUACUUAAAAUAAGAUCAAGGUAAGAAACAUUGUAAAAAAAAAAAAUUACAAAAGUGCUAUUUGUUUCCUAAACAAGUGAUUUCUAUUAAAAAGGUGUCAGAACUGGAGAAAA